UAAUUCUUUCAAAGUUCUGAGCCAGUGGUAACUGGAUCGAACGGCUGCGUUUUUAACUGGCCGUCGUCAUGGAGCUGUUGAAAUCGUGGUUGCUUCUAGCGUGUGUCGCUGGAACAUUUGCGGCGCCCUUCGCAGGAUGGGGACCAAGGCAAUGCUCCAAGAUUAAUACAUGUGAAAGUGAUUUAGCCAGAUAUGAAGAGGGCAAAACCUACACCUAUAAUUAUCAUGCGGAAUCGAGCACAUGGAUCAAUGGCACUUCAGAAGAGAAGAGCGCCCUCGUGUUUGAACUCGAAGCGCAGAUUGACGUAAUCAGCCCAUGUGAACUGACCCUUCAGCUGAAACAAGUUGAGGUCCUCGAGACUGGGUCCAAUGGCAGAACCACCCCAGCCAGGAACCAGGAUCUCCUCAGAAGCGAGCUUCAAGAUCAGGUCCUUCGCUUCGCCUUCCAUGAUGGCAUCGUCACAGACGUCUGCCCCAUGGCUGGCGAGACGACCUGGGCCCUGAACUUCAAGCGUGGUUUCUUGUCUGCCAUCCAAGACCCAGUGACUGCUAGCUUGCUGUUGGAAUCUGGAGAAUCGACUGUCAUAACCGAGACUGACGUCACUGGCAAAUGCUCAGCUACGUUCUCGCCAUCAGCCACUCCAGGCCUCAUCACCAAGGUCAAGGACUUCAAGAACUGCGAAAUGCGCACCAAGCUUGAGGGCGGUAUUCAGGCUACUGUACUGAGGAAAGAUGCUCCACUGUUUAACAUCCUAGAGUGCUCGCAGAAAUGUGAAAUUACCUACGAGUCUAAUUUAGUCUCUGAAUCGUCAUGCGUUGAGCAACACACUUCAAAGCCUUUCGCCAGAGAAGGAUCGGGAGCAAUGACUGUAAUCAAAGCCUCUGUAGACAGGCUGAGAAUCACCAGGGCAUCAAAGACACCAUCAAGCUCCAUGAUCGACAGACAGACCACAAUCUUCUUCGAGCAUGAGGACAUCAAGGGAGACACUCAACCAGAGAUCAUCAUGAAAGCUAAGGAGAUCCUCGAUAUGCUUUCUCCAAAAUUGAUCAAGGAGGUCGGAAUCGAGAUGCCAAACCUCUUCUCCAACCUCGUGACUGAGAUGCGGAAGAUCGAGACUCUGGAUGGAAUGACUCAGCUGAGAGAGUUCGUUGAGGGUCAAAGCGAAGGUCUUGUUGAGGUGUUCAGGGAUGCCCUCCAGAUGUGCGAGACCACCCCAAGCAUUGAAACCAUGGUAACCAUAAUCAACGAGGUUGCGGCAUCAGAGGAUGAGGCUGUCAUCAAUGCCUUCAAGACGACACGUGCCAUGUGGCUGACACAGCCAGCCAUUAUCCGUCACCCUACCAAAAAGAUGAUUGGCUCUCUUAUGCCCAUCAUUAAGACUCUGAGUGUGGACGAGAGCGUCUUCUUCCUUCCCAUCUCCUCGAUGAUCAACAAGUACUGCACCACAGAGAACCCCUCAUGUCUUGAAGACUCUGAAGUCCGCAUGGCCAUCGAGUACUUCCAACAACUCCUUGGAUUUGACUGCACACCCACGGAAGAAGUUCCUACUUUGAAGAUGCUGAUGGCUCUAAAGGCACUGACCAACAUCCGAAGGUUGACAACAGACAGCAAGAUCAGUAUCAUCAACAAGUGCUUUGACAAUCACAACCAGGACAAGAGAACAGAGAUCAGAGUUGCCGCUCUUGAUCUUGUCAGACGUCUGCCGUGCAAACCAGAAUAUCAAACCUAUGCAUUGGCCAUGUACAAGAACCAGCACUUUGACAGUGAGCUUCGCAUUGCAGCCUACCGUGCAAUCAUGAUGUGCCCAAGUGAGAACAUCAUGGCGGCUAUCCAAGAAGUCAUGCUUGAAGAACAAUCCGAGCAAGUUGGGUCGUACGUUUGGACUCAUCUCUCCAAUCUGAAUGAGACCACCGAUCCCCAGAAGCUCUCCCUCAAGAAGUGGGUUCAGGACAGCGGAGUUUUCACCAGCUUCAGCCAGGUCGACCCCCGCAAGUUCUCUCGCAAUGUUGAGCUCUCAUGGUACAAUGAUGAGGUGGGCAGCGGUGUAACUUUGGAUGGUGACAUGAUCUUCUCUUCACAAUCAUUCUUGCCUCGUCAGCUGAAGCUCAACACUACUGUUGACUUGUUCGGCUAUGCUAUUAACUUAUUUGAGGUUGGAGGUCGUCUUGAGGGUAUGCACCAAUUCUUAGAGAAGUACUUUGGCCCCCAAGGUUUCUUCAAGCAGAACUCGAUAAAAGAUCUGAUGGAAGACUAUCAACAGAAACAGCAAGAGUCUCUCCUCAACGAGAUCUCCGACCCAGGCGUCAGCGAGCUCCCCGAGGGCCUCCCACAGGGCGUGACCCCAGAGAUGUAUAAUAAACUCCUCAAGAUGCUCAACUUCCAGAAGAAGCUCUUCGGCGGACAGGUGCCGUUGCCCAUUCCAGGUGAACCGAUGCCCCGAGGUAUGCCCGAGGGCAUGAACCAGCAGAUGUACGAUGAGCUCUUGCUCUUCUUCAUUCGUGGUGGAUUGCCAGGAAGCAGGAAGAGGAGACAUCUGGUCAAGGAUUCUGACAUCAACAACAUCCACGCAAGUUACCCUGCUCAUGCCGAGGACAAGCCAGAUGCUUCAAUGUACUUCAAGAUGUUUGGUAGCGAGCUCGGAUACCUGGACAUUGAAAAGAUCAAGACACGCUUCACUGAGAUGCAAUCGAGCGUCAACCCACUGAAGAUGUUGAUGAGUUUGGCUAAGGAACAGACUCAUGAGAUAAUUAAGAAUGCCGUGCUGACGGACAACUCCUGGAGUAUUCCAACAGUCAUUGGUCUUCCCCUGAAGUUGGCCAUCAACGGAACCGUCUCAAUGAAAAUCAGGACUGAAGGAAAGGUCGACAUUCGCGGAGUCCUGAUGCCCAAGAAGAGCUUUGAGAUCAGCGGUAUCAUCGAGCCAAGCGCGGCUGUUGAGAUCAGCACCAGCAUGGAAGUGAUGGCCCGUACGACUCGCUCCGGAUUGAACCACAUUGGUCGUCUCCUCUCGUCUGUCUCCCUUGGUGGAAAGAUUCAAUUCACCGACGGAAAGGCAUUUGAACUGAAGCUGGACGUACCAGAGAAGAAACAGAACAUCAUCGAUGUCAGCUCCAACAUUUACCUGAGACGCCAAGAUGAAUCCUACGCCAUGCCAGGAAUCCCAGAGCGCCUUGACCUCUCAUACUGCUCAGGAUCGGGAAUAACUAAAUACUUCGGUGUCCAGGUUUGCUCUGAGCUCGCCUUGCCCAAGUCUUAUGCCAGGAAAGGAACUCCGAUGUACCCACUGACUGGACCAGGCCGAAUGUUGGUCACCAUCGAGAAGACUGACCCCUCGCUCACUUCAUGGAAAAUCGAAGGAUCUUACGACAAAGACACGGAGAGCGUGAAGAAUGUUGUUGAGAUCACAGACAGGUUCCAUCUGAUGAUGGGAGCCCCAGACACUGAUAACCCACGCACCUUCCAAGUGGACUUCACCUACAAUCGCAACGAGAAGGACAUGAGCCUCAAUGUUAUCUCACCCUUCAAGACCCUUGAUCUACACGGUAAGAUGUUCAACGACGAGUUGCUCCGCAAGCUGGAGGUUGCUCUGACUAUGGACAAAACCAACGUGUACACCCUGGACGCUGAGGUUGAAUCAAGACCAGAGGUAGUCGACGGUGACCCAGUCAUUAAUUUCUACCCUCGUAUGGAUAUUACCAGCCCCAGCGGCAACGUGGUCAAGUACCGAAGCUCCAUCGCCGUCCGUGAUGGUGAUCAGACUCGGGUGGCCCUCUGGAUGUCCUUGGACAGCCCUAAAACAGCCAUGGUGACUAUUACAGGUGAUGUUGUGAAGACAGAAAGCAUGAAGAAGCUACGAUACAGCACGGACUUGCAGAUCAGCGGCCGCUACGUCAACCUCAACGUGUCAGCAGCAUGGCAGAAACAGAAGAGAGAUAACAUCAUUACGGUUGAUGUGAACACAUUGAGACGCGUCAACGGAAAGAACGUUAAGGACGUUGUCAUUAGCACCAAGUACACCAACAAGACCGUAGAGGGUCACACUGAGUGGGACUUAAAGACCGAAUGGACGUUCAGUCGCUUCCCUCUCUUGAGCUUCCUGUUCGAGACGGAAUACAACGGAAGGAUUGGUCUCUCUGAAGCUACCAGCAAACUCUGCUAUCGUUACAACGGAGAAGAAUGCAGCCAGGACAAUAAGGUUGUUAUGGGACAUCUGCUGACAUGGGAGUCCUCUGAAUCCAGGAUGAACGAAGUCCUGAACUUCAAGCUUCGCAACCCAGCCAACAACAUCAACAUCGAGAUCCAGCAGCACACUGUCCGCAACGAGACCCACCCUGUUGACUUCUCCUUCGCUAUCCUGAACAACACCUCGGAGAAGCAGAUCAUCCAAGCCGUCAUCUCGACUCACACCGCCGUUGCUGGACCUAGGAAGGGUGCCUUUGAGGCCUCCAUGAGCUCUGAGACGUGGAGAUACGCAGUCAAACAGGGAUGGGAGUUCGUCAAGUCAGAGAAGAUGGUCCUUAACACCACCCUUCACUGGAAAGAUCAGAUGGCGUCGCUGGACUCCAGCUACAUUCCAACAUCUGACGAGGAGGCAAAUCUUGAAGCUCAUAACAUCUCAUCCGUCUUGACCUACCCUCUUGGAAGCUUCUCAACCAACUGGUUCGUCUGGAUGCAGGGUUCUGAUGUCUCAUCAGGUGCCUCAAUGUCCCUCAUUGAUCAGCAGCUUGUUGCGUAUCGCUUUGAUUUCACCGACCGUAGCAUUGAGUUUGCCCAAGACAAAGACAGAGACCUGGUGGCUUCAUUCAACGUUACUAGUCCAGCCAGUCCAAUCUCGGUUGCAGUAAACUUUCACGAGUCCCUUAAUUAUAAGGACUUUGGUUUCAACAUCACUAUGGGGACAGCCAAGGUCUUCGCAAUCGGUAUGGACUCUGCUGUCUCUACAGAGGAAGGUAAACCCAGAACAGACAUUAACGCCUUUUCCUUGAUCGACAUUCCAAACAAAAACUACCGUCUCAUGUACUCCGCUUCUUCAAUGAUGUCUGCCAGCAAACAGCACUCGGUGCACACAGCCACCUUAAACAACGAGCUGUUUUAUUCUCAAAGCACUGACUACGAGUACAGUAAGGAUUAUGAAACAGGUCGCUAUUUCAUCAUCUAUGAAACAAGUAAUAACAUGUCGCAGCCUCUCCCCGAAAUGGGCUACAAAAUUGUGGUCAGCGUUCGGGACGGUAACCAUGACCAUCAGGUGUCCCUAUUUAGGAAGAAGCAACCCAUCCUGUUUGCCGGAGUGAAAUACGACUUGAAGGAAAUGGUAGACGAAGACUUCAUGUACCGCCGUGAGUUCAAGGUCAUCCUCAGAACACCUCUUGCCAUUUGCAAAGAUGUCAGCUUCAACGUAACCGUUGACCAGGGCUCAGCAACUACCAACAUUGAUACCCGCUUGAUGUACUUCCCCAACCAGGAGCGCCCGUUGGGUAUGGUGAUCAACUUGCAGGACAAGAGCAACGGCGCUGUGACACACAAAGAUCUUACGGUCACCCUCAAGACCAUUCAGCGCACUGUUACUUCGUCCAACAUGCUUAAGUUUGACCUCAACGCAGGCACUCUUCAGGGAGCUUCUUCAAUCGAGUUUGGAACCAACGGUGUCCUGACCACAGAGAAAUUUGAAGUCUCCAUCACGUACACCAACGAUACUAGAGAGGAGGAGAAGUCUCACAGCGCAACUCUUUUGCUCACCUCUCCCGAUAACACCAUCCAGACUGAUGUCAUCGUGGUGUACACCAUGGACACCUCAGUAUCGACAACUUUCUCCGUUGCCGUUUCCCAGAACACCCUCUUCAGCUUCUCCGUUCUCGCCAAGGAUGAAUCCGACGGGAGCAUGAAGCUGUACGACGUGGACACCAACGUGGAGCUUCUGGAGCGACGUUACCGCCUCCACACUAUUUACAACGAGGCCGUCAACUCCUUCAACCCCAACGUGAAGCUGUACCGCGGCUCCGAGCCCAAGCCUAUCGCCGAGGUUGACCUAUCAUACACUAAGGUCAACUUGUUCGACGAGGUCCACACGACAAUUCUCGUUCUUAGCUCUGAAGACUUUGAGCCAUUGACCAUCACCACUGUGUACAACUACAAUACAGACACCAAAGAAGUCAGUUUGACGAUCGAACCGUCCGAGGGUGAGAAUGUCAAGUUCAACUUCUACAUUUUGUCUGGUUCAACCGAGACGGAGUCGAUUACUUAUAAUACUGAGUUCAGCAUAACCAACACGUAUAUGCCUGACAGAAGUUUCGUGGUCGUCACCCGCUACGGCUCAGGCGAAUCUGGUUGCAACCUCAACACAGACCUGCAAAUCUCUGAAUCUCGAAUGAUGAACUUGAUGUGCAACUGGGAUAAGAACAGCCCCAAGAAAACAGCGGAUUUCCAGUUGACCUUCCCUCAGUUGACCGAGUACCCGGCCCUGUCCAAGAUGAAGCUCCGCCUCGGCAGUGAGAUCCAAGAGGCAAUCCAGUCGCGUGAAGCCGCGUUCUUGUGGGGUGAGCUGACCGAUGAUGAGAUGAUCAGCGUUGCGCUGACGACAGAGAGGAACCAGGUCAGGAUUGUCCUGAUCCAUCCAAUGAACCUGGAGCCUCUCCCCAAGGAGAUCCGAGUCGUCCUCAGGCAAAAUGACGAACUAUCAGACAUGGCUACUUUUGACAUCAAUGUCAUGGACAACAUGGAUGAAUCUAUCAUGAUGCUCGCAGGAUCAUACUCUCUCAUUAACUCCAGACAGAAUAACCGUCGUGCUAUGCUUACUUUCUCCAGGCGCAACCAACAGGACAUCCAAGCUACAUUGGACGCAGCCGUCCAACUUGAAGACACCAUCUUCAGUACCAGUCUGGUUGUAAAAUACAGCGAGGACGAACAGAAGUUGGUGGAAGCCAUGCUGCAAAUCCAGAAUACAAGUUCAUCAGAGAGUGUCGGAUAUGAUCUGGAUGUGUCUGUACGUCAUCCCAUCACCGGACUGGACAUGUCCACUGCCUUUAACUUCCUGAACAACAACAAGGCCAUUGUUCUGGGUAUGGAAGGAGAAGCCCUUCUCGCUGAAGACGUCCAACCUUACGCCUUUGAGAUUAAGUGGGACAAAGUGUUGAAGAAAUACUCCAUCACUUCCAACAAUCCAAUGCAUGAGAUGCUCCUCACCGGUCAGUUUGAAGACCGCUCCUACGCCGAGCAUCAGAUCUACAGGGUGACUAUGGUCAACAGUCUGGAUGGAAAAGACAUGAGGUCUAUGGUUGACUUCAACAGCCAAUCAAAGGAGAUCUCUUACAUUGCCCAUAUCAACCCAGACCAACCUGCAGACUUUAUGCGUUUCCAAGCCGGCUACAUGAACGAGACCGCUCUCUUUGUGCUCUUGGACUCUGAGAUUGAAGGAAAGUACACCGUCGAUGCAAGACUCGUUGAAUCUCUUCAGACCUCUAAGAUCCUCCGAACUCAGCUUGAGUGGAGGCCGGAGUGGGCGGAGUUUGUCCAUUGGAAAGCAGCUCAGGUCUUGCACGACAUCCGUGUAGGUAUCGAGAGGAAUGGCAACCUGAUGCUGGAGCGCCGAGAGGCCAUGUCUGCACUCCUCCAAACCUCCAGGGAUGACUUCAUCCAGAGCAACGCCGACUACAACGCCAUCGUGGCCGAUAUAAAGCAACGUUUUGGUGUCAAGAUUGAGGAUCUUAAGACCUACUGGAGCGCCGUGAGAGAACACUCUAAUACCAAGUGGGCCGAGUAUUGGGAGCAGUUCAGGAUUGACUCAUCGGAAACCACCGAGGAGCUGAGAAGCACGCUGGACCGUCUGAGGGAGAGAUUCUCAACAUUAGCAGAAAGCUUGAAGUUUGACGGCAGUGAAUAUGUUGACGCCACAAACCAACGUGUAAGAUCCUUCUACAAGAAUAACAUCACACCAUUGAUCAAGGAACUGAAGGAUUUAUUCAAGAGCCUGAUUGAGAAACACAACAGCCAGAUGGAUUUGCUUUUCCCCAUCCGCCACGUAGACGACUUCUUCAUCCCUGAGUUUGAGGCAGAACCUGAGGUGUAUGAACCCAAAUAUAAUACAGAGGGAGAGGAUCCUAUCGCAGAGAAGAACAUUUUCCUGACGUCUAUCAAGGAUGUUCAAGGUGAAACCGUCCUCUCUGAGGACUCAUUGCUCUCCACAAUGACCAGGGAAAGACUGAGGAGAUUAGAGCUGGUGCAGAGCAUUGAGACACUCUGGACUGCAACAAAAGAGGAGGUCGACGCCAUGGUUGCCAAGAUUGAGGCUAGCUUCAAGGGGUCAGCAUUCUACGCAGACUUGACCGAGCAGUGGGAGGAGCUAAAGGAACGCUUCCCGGUAGGGGAAUGGCGUCAGGAGGCGGAGGCCAAGAUUGAGGAGAUCCGAGAGUCAGAAGAUGUCCAGAGGCUGAUCGCUGUCUUCAAUGAGAUCAAGGGAGAGAUUGAGCUGGCUCGUGAAGCCAACAAUGAAAACAUUCUGCGCAUCCAAGAGAAGAUGGCCGCUACCCUGAAAGAGUACAACUUUGACAUCCUGGACUACUUCAAGUAUCCGAUGUACGAGGUCAUCAAGUACGACAUCGAGAACGGUGAGAUCAUCGUCCUCUACCACCUCCCCGCUGAGCUUCACAGCCUCCAGACCCCGCCCGAGUCCUACCGCCGGGUCGAGAUGACCCAGCGUCUGCAGGAGAUGAUCGCCGAAGUGCGUGAACGCUCCAAGAACACGCUGGGUGAUAUCAGGAUGGCCGAUGGGUCUCUGCGCAGCAUGUACGAGCUGAUGUUGUCGGAGCCGAUGCUGCUGUACCGCGAGGGAAACUUCACGGCGUGGUUUCAGGGAGAGAAGAUUAAGAUGGAGAGGAGGAUGUGGAACGCUGUCCACUUCAGCAAGGUGUACCUCAACCCCAUCAACUGGCUUCCUCCACAUGAAGCCAAUGGCAUGAUUAUUGGCUCCAACCACUUCAUGACCUACGAUCGCACCCACUAUGACUUCAGCAGUGGCUGCAGCUACCUCCUUGCCCACGAUUUCAUCGACGGAAACUUCACCGUUGUUGUGGAUUACGAACGUGACCUGACUGCUGGCGGUAGAAGCAAGAGCAUCGUGCUGUACUUGAAUGACACCGAUGUGUAUGAGAUCAAGCAAGACUUCACUGUUUCCCAUGGCAAGCAAUUCUUGGAGAUGCCCUUCCAACAUGGACGCACCACCGUCAUGCGUUACAUCAACAGCAUCCGCAUCCACAACACCAAUGGCGUCACCAUCACCUGCGAGAUCGCCCAAGACAUCUGCACCGUAGACAUCAGCGGCUGGUACUACGGCAAGACGGCAGGUCUCCUCGGCACCUACAACUACAACGACCUGGACGACAUGACCAACAGCGAGGGCGAUAUGUCUCGCCAUCUGGAUGAGUUCACCCGCAGCUGGAAGGUUGGAAAGCGUUGCGCUGGAUCCGAGAUCGAUAGUCUUCCAGAAUGCAACAAGGACCCACAUGUUGAGGAGAAUGCUGUGUGCGCUGAGCACUUCUUGAAUGAGGUGUCUACUCUGACCAAGUGUCUCGGAGUGGUGGAUCCUGCACCAUACUACGCCAUGUGUGCUAGCAACAUGUGCCAGUUAACAGCCGAUGAUCGCAAGAAGGCAGCUUGCGUCUCGGUCAAGGCCUACGUCAACGAGUGCAACAGAAUGAUGGUCGGCAUCACUGUGCCCAAGUCAUGUGUUGUAUGUGAUUCUCCAGUUGGCGAGUACGGCCAGGACGAGAUUAGAGUUCUCUCCGAGGCUGAGCAGAUCCAGAAAUCAGCCGACGUGAUCCUGAUAGUCGAAGAGAAAGAAUGCAACAAAGACUUGACGGACAAGAUCGGCGACAUCGUCGACAUGUACGACACUGAACUCAAGAACGUCCGCCAGUUCACAGACAAUCGCUUUGGCAUUGUUGGAUUCGGCGGUGAAGGAGUGCACGAUCUUCCUCACAUCCACACCAUCGAUGGCGCCAUCUUCAACGAGAAGCGCCGUCUGCGUAUGCAAGGAUUGACCGCAUUGGAGUUUUCCGAAGAUGGAAGCAACAAUACCUUUGACGCCAUCCUAGCCGCUGCGAACUAUCCGUUCCGUGCCGGAGUCGCCAAGAACAUUGUCCUGUUGUCCUGCUCUGACUGCCAGCGUGCCUAUCACAUGGAGAAGACCUAUGCUGAUGUAUCCAGUAUGUUGAUGAGACAAGGUAUCCAGUUCAACCUGUUGCUGAAGGCAGACCUACAGCUUGUGCCAACCCGUGCAAAGAACAACUCUCCUAAGAAUCAAGUCAUUUAUGGUAUUGACAACCGCACAGUAUUCACCAACAAGGCCCUAAACAGCGGCACCCUGUUUGGUGACAAGACAAUCCGUAAGCUGAUCAACGAGCCCAUCAAUCAGUGUGCCCUCUUGGCCUUUGAGACCGGCGGUGCCGUGUUCGACUCCACCAAGAUCGCCCAGAAGAAGUUUGUGGAUGUGCUGACCCAGAGAAUGGUGGAGCACACCCAGAUUGAAGAAUGCCAGAUAUGUAGCUGCAAGGCCUACAAUGACGGAGUCGGCAGAAGCGUGUGCGAGUCAUGUGACAUCGCCUCAGGCCCUAAUUGGUAUUUCGAGAUGCAACGCACAUUUGCCGAGACAGACUACUACAGUAGACUAGGCUUACAGACAGUGGUCGACUACAUUAACGUCAAAACCGCUGAAGUGCCAGUUAACAAAACCCCCAAGGAGCUAGGAAUUUAAUUAUUCCCCAAACAGAUAAGGGUCGGAGCUAUCUAGAAGACUUUGAUUUACACCACAGGAUUUCUUUGUAACCGCAAUCAAUUUGUUUUUAAGAUAGUCAAAGAUUCUUAUGAUUUUUUGCUGGUUUUUACUAGAAAGUUGGAACUUGUAUAAAUUUCUUCGUUGGAAUGAUUGUUUGUGACCGGUUUGAGAUGAUUUGAAGGGAUGCAGUAUUAACUUUUAUUUUUAAUUUUUAAUUAAGACAAAUUUGAUAAGGGAUUCCGUAAGAUGCUUUGUAUUUUAGAAAAUCUGGUAUGUUAUCUUGAACUUAAGCUGCACAGCUCACCCUGAGGAAAAACCAAGUUAAGACGAGUAUUCCUGAACCAUGUCGGAUGCUGUGCUUUUAAGAAGCGAUAUGCCGUCAUCUUUAAGUUGUUCAACGGACUGGUGUGUGGUCGCUAACUUGAGCAGUUCUUCUAAUCUCUUUGAAAUUUCACAUAUCUGAGUUGAACUGCUUGACAAAUAUUCAGGCACCUCAAAUGCGUAUAAAAGUUUUGAACUAAAAUGUUUUUAACUGUUACUGUGGGGAGGGGAAGGGUAAGAUCAGGAUUGCUAAUUUAGUUGUCAUUUUCACUUUCGUAAAUGUUGUGUCAAACAUUUAAUAGCUGAUUUUGCACCUAAUUAACGAUGGAAGUAGAAUGCUGCAAUUACAAUGCAAGUAAUUUAAUAAGUAAAAAAAUGCUUGAUCCAUGGACAAACUGUGAAGGUAGGUGAAGAUUUCUGUCUAACAUGAUGUUUAAGUACAUGUAGUUGUCGGAAUAACUGCCUGGUUAGUUUAUGGUAAAAAUCAGUCAUCUUUUAAACCAGUCAUCUAUAAGGGAUAAUUGAACUGGAUUGUUGACUAAAGAGCUAACCACACGACAGCAAUUUACCUGGGGUCCCUUGCUAAAUUUUAGCAUGGUUGUAAAAUGUACCAAUGUUUGACGAUAUUUUGCAAGAGAACUUGGAUAGUAGAAACAAUUGUCUCCUUUCAGACGAGGUACAUUUUGAAAACUCGUGUGUGAAAGGGGCUCUACGUAGCUUUUUACAUGGACCUGUCAUUUUUUUCUUCAUCUUUUGACGAUUUGGAGUGAGGAAGUAAAGAAACACAGUAGUAAUGAUUUAUGUCUGUAAUUUUGUAAAAAUAAUGGUGUGAUUCGGUUUUAUUUUGUAUUAAAAAUUUUACACUUUUUAAAAACAAACCAAUGUCAAUAUCUCUCAUUGUUCAUAAGGCUCGUAGGUAAUAUGUGUUUGUUUUUAAUGAUCUUUUCAGCUGUUAAUACCAAUUGGUAUACAUUUUGGUUCUCUUUUGGUAUUCACUGGUUGAAAUAUUUGCCAGUGUUAAUUCAACAAACAAUUUUUUAUAAAAUAAUAAAGUUAUUGACAAGCAACAA